AGAUUCAUCAUCAAGCAUCGGACGCGGACUUCACGGAGAGGGGCUGUCUGACACCCCAUGCAGGCCCAGCCAUGCAUCCCAGUGAAGCCAUCGCACCAACAUCCACUCAUCCGGGCAGAGAGUGAUGCAACCCCUGCUCACCGCCCACACUCCGACCGCCUGCUGCAUGCAGGAAAGGGCUAUGGCAAGAUGCGUUGCUCAGCAACAGCCCUGCACCCAAACAUCCAGCACUUCCAUCCUCUUGCAUGCCUACAUUCUUGAAAUCUACAACUCAACUACAUGUGCCACUCCACCACCGUGGUCUACUAACCCAGCAGGUCUCAGUCCCACAGCCUCGGUCCAUAAAUGCAAUAGCCUACUCCUCAUCUCCUCUCCUCUCAUCUCCUUCAUCAUUACCUCCAUCCUUUACCUCCUUGUCAGUGGCCGACUCAUCCAACAGCCACAAUGGCAAUCGCAUUGGCGGAGGCAGACAAGUAUGAGGUGCUUGAGAAGAUUGGUUGCGGUUCCUUUGGGAUCAUUCGCAAAGUUCGGCGAAAGACAGAUGGCUUCAUCUUAUGUCGAAAGGAAAUCAACUACAUCAAGAUGUCCCAAAAGGAACGAGAGCAGCUCACGGCCGAGUUCAAUAUCCUGAGCUCCCUUCGACACCCGAACAUCGUCGCCUACUACCACCGUGAACACCUCAAGGCUAGCCAAGACUUGUAUCUCUAUAUGGAGUACUGCGGCGGCGGCGAUCUCAGCAUGGUCAUCAAGAACCUGAAGAAGACAAACAAAUACGCCGAAGAGGAGUUCGUCUGGCGCAUCUUGUCCCAGUUGGUGACCGCUUUGUACCGUUGUCACUAUGGUGCGGAUGCGGUCGAUGUUGGGUCAAACAUACUUGGACCUGCGCCCAAGGCAUCGGGUCUCAAAGGCAAGCAAGCACAGAUGACUAUCCUCCACCGUGACCUCAAGCCCGAGAAUAUCUUCCUCGGCAGCGACAACACCGUCAAACUCGGCGACUUUGGCCUCUCAAAACUGAUGAACUCCCACGAUUUUGCCUCGACUUACGUUGGUACUCCCUUCUACAUGUCCCCCGAGAUAUGCGCGGCGGAGAAAUACACCCUGCGCUCCGACAUCUGGGCCGUCGGCUGCAUCAUGUACGAACUGUGUCAGCGAGAGCCGCCUUUCAAUGCCAGAACACAUAUUCAACUUGUGCAAAGAAUUCGUGAAGGGAAAUUCGCUCCUUUGCCCGACUUCUACUCUCCCGAGCUCAAGAAUGUCAUUGCAAACUGCCUGCGAGUCAACCCAGACCACCGUCCCGAUACCGCUGCUUUGAUCAAUUUGCCCAUCAUUCGCUUGAUGCGCAAGGAGAAGGAGGUCACCGAUUUGACCAAGACUCUUCGCAAGCGUGAAGAGAGCGCUUUGGCCAAGGCUCGUGAUGUCGAGCAAGCGUAUGCAAAGCUCGAAAAGGAGAAGCAGCAAAUGAAAGCCGAUAUUGAGAAUACAGUGCGUCGCGAGUGGGAGGUGAAGGCCCGAUUGGAAAUCGAUCGUCAGGUGCAGAGUGAACUAGAAAAGCUCCGCAAGAGAUUCGAGUUCGAAGUCCAGGACCGAGUUGCGCUUGAGCUUGAGAAGCAGAAGCGAAGCGCUAAUUUCCGGGAGGAGGCUGGUCUCCGGUCAAGCAGCGAUGACUCCCGGCUUUCGAUGAGCAACGACGACACUGAUCCGCCUUCCAGUACUGACAUCAGCCAGCUGUCAUUGGAAUCCCCUGCAGCAAACAAGGCCCCGCGGAAGGAAGCCACCCGCACCCCCUUCAAUCGUUCGAAAACCGUGGUCGAGUCGCCUAUGGAUGUUCAGAUGGCAGAACCCUCCCCGAUCUCGAUUGCAUCACUUUCUCUGUCCCCUCGUCGCACCUCCGGGACUCAUUCCGGAAAGAACAUCUUCGCAGAGGCCGAACGACACCGCUCAAAGUGGGAGCCGGCCCUGGCUUACUCCGACGACGAAGACGACAUCCCCGACUUGCCUUCUCCGACUCGCCCCAAGGUCAAGCCCGACCCCUUCAAGGCGCCGCCCAGGCCACUGCUCCGCCAGAACACGGCCGCUUUCAUGCAGAAACUGAGCACCCAACCCCCGAUUUUUCCCACCAACGGAUCAAGACUGCCCCAGAUGUCAGUCGGUGAUCACCCGAGGGAUGCCAAGUCUCGAUCGCCUCACCGACGUUUGUCCAAGAUCCCGUCAUCAGCAAACCUGGCUGCCGACGCUGGCUCGCCCACCCGCAAGACAGGCAUCAAGCAGCUAGCCUCGAAGGCUAACGGCGGCGGAGAGGAAAUGUACAAGGCCGUGAUGCAGCGCAACAUGGGUGGUCGUACCUUGGUCGAAUUAGCACAGGCGCGUGCCGGUGGCCGUCCGAUUGACGAGAUCAAGCGGUGUUCCAGCGACUCUCGUACUGGUUUGAAACAGAGCGAGCGAGAACCCCCAGCGGUGUGGGAUCCGGAGAGGGACGAGAUGCCCAGUCCCUUCUUGGCCCGUGGCAGAAAGGUUAUCCGCAACCUGAGGUAA